AUGCUGCUCAAAGCCAAUGCCGCGGCGCUGUGUCUGGCAGCUUCGCUGUCUGCCGUCACGGCCCAAACCUUCCAGCGGCUGGGUACCUGCCCGGAUCUCGGCUGCGUGCUACCUCCGGACCAGCAGGACUUCCUCCCCGGCCAGGAAUUCGACAUCCGCUUCGAGGUCCACGCGCCCAAGAACGGGUCCGAGGCCUUCAACAAUGGCGUGCCGGACGAGAAGUUCACGGCCACCAUUGCCAAGGACGGCCACCGGCCCAAGAGCAUCGCCGACUUCUUCGACCGCAGCGAGCCCAAGCUGGAGAAGUGGACCUUUUCCUGGUACGAGGACCUGUUCGCCAAGGACGCCAACACGCCCUCGGUCGUCAACGUCGCCUCCAAAGUGUACCGUCGCGUGGCACUGUACGAGCCCGGCGAGUACACCGUCACGCUCAAGUACUACAAUGGCAAGACCACCACGGCCAAGUGGACCGUUCGGGCCCUGGCCACCGAGAAAAAGGCCAAGAACGUCAUCUUUUUUAUCGGUGAUGGCAUGACCACCAACAUGAUCACGGCCGCCCGCCUGCUCGGGCACAAGACGGUCAACGGCCGGUACCAGUCGCUGCUUGCUGUCGAUGAGUUCCCCGUCCUCGGUCACCAGAUGUCGCACUCGAUCGACACUUUCAUUACUGACAGCGCCAACUCGGCCUCUGCGCUGUACUCUGGCCACAAGAGCUCGGUGAACGCGAUGGGUGUCUAUGCCGACUCGUCCCCUGAUACCGAGGACGACCCGAAGGUUGAGACGAUCGUCGAGCUGUUGCACCGCAUCUGGGGUUCCGCAUGGGGCGCCGUGUCGACCGCCUUUAUUGCCGAUGCGACCCCGAUUGCCUUGACGGGCCACACCCGCCGGCGGUCCAACUACGGUAUCCUGAUCGACCAGGCGCUCCAUGGCGUCAGCAACUACUCGUGGACCAAGACGGAUGGCCCCGACGCCUACUUUGGCGGCGGCGCCGAGCAGUUCAUCCCGGGGCCCGGCUCGUUCAAGGGCAAGGAUUACUAUGCCGAGUUCGCCAAGAAGGGCUACUCGGUCAGCUGGAACAAGACGGCGCUGUUGGCGGCGCCCAACAACAAGAAAGCGCUGGGCAUCUUCUGCAAGAGCAACUUCCCCGUCUGGCUGGACCGCAACAUCUUCCCCGAUAACCUUGACUCGCUCGACAACAACCCGUCCGGCGCCGCUGGGCCGGCCAAGGACUUGCCCGGGCUCAAGGACAUGACGCUUAAGGCCAUCGACAUCCUGCACGAGCGGGGCGGUAAGAAUGGCUUCUUCCUCAUGUCGGAAGCCGCGUCGAUCGACAAGCAGAUGCACGCGCUCGACUACGAGCGCGCGCUGGGCGACCUGCUCGAGCUGGACGACACGGUCCGGGCCACCAUCGCUAAGCUGAAGGAGCUCCGCAUUCUCGAUGACACCCUGAUCGUCGUCUCGGCCGACCACGGUCACGGCUUUGACGUCUUCGGGAGCUCUGACACCAAGUACGCGGAUGCCCAGAAGGACGACCGGGCCAAGCGCAACGCCGUGGGCGUGUACGAGAACUCGGGCCUGUCGCAGUACACGCAGCCCAAGGAGGGCGUCAGCUACGGGACGGGGCCCAACUUCCCGCUCAACUGGGACCCGCGCUACGUCAUCGCGGCCGGCAUGGGGGCCAACCCGGACCACCGCGAGCGCUUCGGCGUCGGCCGGGAGCCGCGCACGCCCGCCUCGGUCGGCGCCGGCGGCGAGGUCUACGUCAACCCGGCCGACCGCCCGGACGGCUUCGUCGUCAACGGCACCCUGCCGACCGACCAGACCCAGGGCGUGCACUCGCUCACCGACGUGCCCGUUUAUGCCAUGGGCCCUUGCCAGGAGACCUUUGGCGGGACCUACAACAACAUUGACGUCUUCUUCAAGAUGGCGAGCUGCUUGGGGCUGGGCCAGCCGCGCAACAGGACGCGCGCGGACGCCGGGCACGGGGGCACGAAGCCCAAGUCGUAA